AUGAAACCCCCGGAGAUUGCCGGGUUUUAUGUCGCUUGGUGCGAUGAGUUCUACGGUCCAGCAGGCUCUCCUCCCAGCUCCCAGAACUGGACGCUACAAACUCCCCCAUUCAAUUGGAACCACGAGUGGCAGAGGUACACCAACUCAACGGACAAUGCAUUUCUUGACGGAAAUGGCCAACUCGUCAUUGCUCCACGGAAAGUGAAUGGACAAUGGACUUCUGCUCGUCUGCAUGGCAACCACAAUUUCGGGUGUGACCCCAACCGCAAGAUGAUCUUUGCCGCGCGCAUCAAGCUCGGCCAGAACCCGCCGUGGCAGCAGCAGGGGAUUUGGCCUGCUUGGUGGGCGUUGGGUCAGUCGAUGCGCAGGGGUACUCACUGGCCCAAAUGUGGUGAGUGGGAUAUUAUGGAGCUCAGGAAUGGCUCCUCAACAAACCAAGGCGCGGUCCACCAGACCGAUAUAUAUGGUAACCACGCUGAAUCCCACGGAUACAUCGAUUUCGAUCGCCGAGAUUACCACACUUGGGCCGUCCUCAUCGACCUCUCCGACGGUGACUAUAGCAAACAGACGAUCAAAUUCCAACUCGACGGCCAGACUUAUUACACGGUCCAAGGAGACGGUUCCAGCUGGGCCACGAGGGAAGGCUGGGACAGAUGCGGCCGCAGCCCGUUCUUCCCAAUUUUGAACAUCGCUGUGGGAGGCGAUCACCCCGGAAAUCCCAAUGAUAACACACUGCCUGGCGUGGAGAGUGGUAUGACGAUUCAGUGGUUAGCAGUUUACAAGUCAUGGUAUUGA